AGCGCCUGGCGGCGGUGUCCGACCGGGAGCGCCGAGGGCGGCGGGCAGGUGGGGCGCCUCCCGAAGGGCCGAGCCGGGAGCCGGGGCUGCAGGCGCCGACGCCGCGCUCCCCGCGGCCGCCCCGCAGCCCGCCCCGCGCGUCUGGCCGAGCGGGUGGCGGGCGCGCCGGGACCAUCCCGCGAUGCUGCCGCCGCCGCCUCUGUAGGUAGCGCCCUAGCCCGCUGCAGAGAGAGAAAUGAACACACUUGAGUAUGCUCUAUGUCCCUGAGCUCCCCGGUCACCUCACGACUUUGGAAAGACAAGAAGGAAGGCGUGGGAGUGCCAGCCCCUGAGAACAAGCUCCUUGCCCUUGGCCUUGGCCCUCCUGCUUCCUGGCCACAGCCACGGCCACGAUGGAGACGCUCUCCCAAGAUUCCUUGCUGGAAUGUCAGAUCUGUUUCAACUACUACAGCCCCCGGCGAAGGCCCAAGUUGCUGGAUUGCAAACACACAUGCUGCUCGGUGUGCCUCCAGCAGAUGAGGACGAGCCAGAAGGACGUAAGGUGCCCCUGGUGCCGGGGCAUCACCAAGCUGCCCCCGGGCUUCUCUGUGUCGCAGCUCCCCGACGACCCCGAGGUCCUUGCGGUCAUCGCCAUCCCGCACGCGUCCGAGCACACCCCAGUGUUCAUCAAACUUCCCAGCAAUGGGUGCUACAUGCUGCCCCUGCCCAUCUCCAAGGAGCGAGCGCUGCUGCCGGGAGACAUGAGCUGCCGCCUGCUGCCCGGGAGCCAGCAGAAGGCCGUCACCGUGGUGACCGUCCCCACAGAGCAGCAACCUCUGCAGGGCGGGGCGCCCCCGGAGGCGGGGGAGGAGGAGCCAGACAGGCGGGGCGUGGCGAAAAGCUCCACCUGGUCCGGGGUGUGCACUGUGAUCCUGGUGGCCUGCGUUCUCGUCUUCCUGCUGGGCAUCGUGCUGCACAACAUGUCUUGCAUUUCUAAGCGCUUCACUGUGAUCUCCUGUGGCUGAACAGGGCUGCAGGGAAGUCUCUCUUGGGUGCCAACUCGGGGUUGAGCAGGUGUUGGUGAUGGGAUCGCAGCGAGAAGAUGGGGGGCGACGCUGAUCAUUUGGUGCCAGCCAUGGCCUCUGGGCUACCACUUGAUUAACCGGAGACAGACACGAAGGGCAGACGUGAGGUCUCAGCAAGCUACCGGGCCAGUCGUUCUGAGUGUUGGUGGCAACAGCUUCCAGGACGAUUGCAUGCAUCCUCAUAAUCAUUUAUUAAAUGGACUGUAAUUUAUGAUUUGUCCAAAUCAUGUUACGAGAUAGACCUAAUCUACUUAGAUGUUAAACCGUGCAAGUGCAUACAAUGUGAUCUCUAAAUGUGGUAGAUUAAAACAGAGAUGCUUAUGUAUACAAGUAGAAUUAAACCUGAGAAUCCACGUAAAACUUCAGCGACGACGUGCAGUGCUGGUUUCUUUCCCCUUUGUAAUGGAAAUCCAGUCUUCAUUUAGUUGCUGAGGCUUUUUAUACUUUUUGAAUGGCACCCAAAUUAAAAUAAGUGAAGGGGACGGUCAUUUUUUUUUUUGGAGAAAAUGUCUGAACGAGUGUUUCCAGUGUGUUGUGUUUUGUUACAUACCUUCAUUUUUCUUCCCUUGUAAUUAGAGCUCGCUACGUGUUUAUUAAACUGAAAGCCCAACAGGGGAGCAAUAAACUGAGUAAUAAUGAGAAAUGCCUAAUCCCACAGGAACCCUAUAUGCCAAUUUUUCUCAAGCCAUCUCACAAAAUAAGAAUUUUAAAUGUAAAUAUUGUGUACUUGUGUGUGUGUGCAUGUGUGUGUGCGCGCGCGUGCGUGUGUGUGUCAUUUGAUUUACCUCAGGUUUUGAAUCUUUUCAGAAGAAUCCCAGGAGUAAGACUGUGGGCCUGAAUGAGUCCAGGGUCUGACUCGGUGGCCACCUCUUGGGCACUGGGAUCCGCCCAGUGAAGUGUCGCACACUCGUCACUUCCAACAUUUGCUCCUCUUCUGUGUAUUCAAGUCCUGUAUUCUGUGAGGCACAAAUGAAAGUAACAGAAGAUUCUGUCUUUUCUCCCAGUUUGGAGGUAUUGUAAUAGAUGUGAGUGUUGUCCAUCGAUGACAAACCUGGACUGACAUUUUAAUAGUCCAUGAUUGCUUUUUGAAAGAUGCUCCGUGAAAGUUAAACUGUAGGAUUCCAGUUUCUUCUUGUGGGUAUAAGUGAGAAAAUCUCUUGUAUUUCAAAAUAUGUUUAUUGAGAAAAGUGACAAGAUAAACUAAGAACUCACGUUCCCAAUCUAAGUGGAUCAGUUCAUCAUAAAUUCUCAAAUACUCUUAAAUGUGCAGAUGCUGGUGAAGAAAGGUCUGCUGGCGUUAAGUGGUAAAUUCCUGGGCCUGGAUGUGUGUGUGUUCAGAAAAAGCUGUGAGCUUUACAAUUCUCUUCUAAUUUCUUUUAUGGAAUUCAUGAAGCAAGUGUAUUUGAGAGCUAAAAGUAGAAAUUAGGUUAAAAUGCCGUUUUAUUGUGUAAGCUAUUGGGCAUUAUACAAUAAAUAAUCUAGGAUUUAUUUGGUAUUAAUAAUUUAGGUAUCAUAUUAGCUGAAUACUGUCCUCUAUUACGUAACAUAAUAUACUGUUGGGUUAGUGUUGAUUUCUCAAACUCUGCCAGGCUGCCGUGAUGCAUGUCUGACCUAAUUUCUAUUCCUCUCAGAGGAAAAACCCCACAGAUAAUGUUCCAUUAAGAAUGCUACAUUUCAAUCGCUUCUCGGCCUUUUGGCUAAGAUCAAGUGAAGAAUGCUACAUUUCAAAUGGACUUGACCCUUGCAAUUUUCAGCCAGGCCAUAUUUGAGUUAAUUUUGUGAAUGAUAUCUACAUCUGUUUAUGUACAGUAUAAAAUGACUGGCCCUGUAGUGCAGUAUGUCCUGGAGUUCUACGUGUUAAGUAGGUUACACAUAGACACUAAUGUGCGUGGCGAUAGGGCGCCCUGUGUUUCUUAGUGCAAAGCCGUAGAGUAAAAAUGUCCACGUAACUUAAAAACAAUCUCUUGACUUUACAGUUUAAGGUAACAAUAACACCAAAAUCAGAAUUUUGUGUGUGCGUCUUACUGACCUAAGAAAUAUUGUUUAAAUGGAUUCUGCCUGCAGUUAUUUGUGCAUUGCUUGUUAAAGUGUGCAGUUGUGCACAUGUGUGUGUGUUUGUGUGCGUCCUAUCUCAGCCUGCAGAUAGAAUUUUUGUAGACUUGAUGUUUUCAUGUUAGUUGGCAUCCCAUCCUGCUGGCCUUUUCUGGCAUUUCCCCACGACACUAGCAAUUCAUCUACCCCGUGUGACAAAAGUCCAGUGACACAAUCAACCGGAAUUCACAGUUGCACAUCAGUGGAAAAAAAAAAUCACAACUGAAAGCACAGAAAGUCAGAGCUGAAAGCAACCAACCAUGGAGCCCCACAGAGGUAUGUGGCCCCUUGUAAUUCUGCAGCAAAAGGGAUGCAAGAACUGCAUUACAGUUUCUCUUGCUCCUUCCUAGGCCUGAUGAUAUCUCUAUUGGGCUAUGGUCUUUUGGAGGGUAGAUGAAUUCCCUUUACUAACUCAAUAGUGUUUUAGUUUUUUGUUUUUGUUUUUUUAAAUAUAUAUAUAUCCAUUUUAGUUAGCAUCUACCUCUCGGAAAUGAAAGGAGGGUUGAUUUAAGGAUGAGUAUAGACGUUUAAUAAAAAUGAUGUGAUUUGAAUUUUUAAAAUUGCAAACCAUUGGUUCCCCCCGCCCUUAUGUAAAGGACAAUGAGUGUUGUGUAAAUAGUAAACUUUAAGAAGCAUGAAUUUUCAUCUUUAUUAACGAUCUUGACAUAAGCGAGAGAAUGGUUAAUAUGUUAAGUAGAGCCAACCGAGUAUGCUGUCAAAAAGCAUUGUCUUUGGGAAAUUUUUGUAUAAUGACCUGGGGCAUAAGUUGUGAGGAAAAGGUAAAUGGGUUCUCAGUUUCAGUCAUACUUAAUGAUUAGAAAGCUAAAAGGUAUUUUCUUUAAGAACAUAAUUAAGUUCAAUCUCUAGCAUGACUUAAAAGUAGGUCCCUUGAAGGUUAAUCCAUGUGCUGGUGCAGGCUUUGAGAUCUAGUCUGUUCAAUAGAUCUUUCUCCAAUGAUGGAAAUGUUCUAUGACCUAUGCGGUCCAAUAUAGUGGCCACUGGCUAGUGGGCAGUUGAAGCGGGGUUAGUACGACUGAGGAACUGGAUUUUGUAUUUUAUUUCAUUUUAAGUUAUUUAAACAUAGUCACUCACUUUUGGCUGGUGGCUACCAUAUUGGAUCGUGUAAAUCUGGAGGGUUGCGCGGUAGGAUCUAACAUGAGAGUGUUAACAGAGUAAGGCUAAGAAGACAGUUUGUGGUUUAGUAACAUGCAGUUGGCUAAAAAAAAUCCUUUCUGGGCUUGAUCUCAAGUAUGAUGAUUAAAAUUCAUUGAUUGCCCUUUGGGGUUAUUACUUUCAUACUUUGGGCCCAAGAAUGGUCAGUGAAGCUUAAAGAGUGCUUUAUGAAGCCCCUUUUCUGGGAUCAUUAGCUGUAUGUGAAUCUAUUGUCCAAAAAUAGUAGUUAGACAGUAGCUGUAAAAACUUUUGACUUGCAAGCUAUGCAUGACCUGUACUAUGAAACUGUGUUUAGGGUCUUAUGGCCAAAAACAAAUGUUACAGAAAAAAAGAAAAAAAAAAAACCCUAAUGAAAUUCCUCUUCACUUUGAGCAUCUUACCCAGACUUCAUCACUGCAUGAGUAAGGUGUGAAAUGUAAGAGAAAUCAUGUUUUGCAGUGUUCAUAGAGGGUUUUUUGUUUGCCCUUGAAGUCUGCCGGCUCGUCGUCGUGUUGGGUGUGGGCAUAUGUGGGCAUCCUUUUUCAGAUACCAGACUACAACAUAGGGACUGUUUUUAGAGUGAGAUUUGACACCUGUCAUUUGGUUUUUCCUUUUAUCCCUUAACGCUGAACAAAUCGCAAAUUUGCAGCCUUGCACAAAGGCAUUUUUUUUUACAUUAAAAAACAUUGCCCAUGGAAUUUAAAGACUGGAGGGUUAUUAAAGUUACUAAAAUUGCUUUUUAAGUGAGUAAAGGAAAGCAGAAACUUCAGUUGGAGAUAUAUUUUCAUAGAAAGAUGAGACUCUCCUGGUAGUAUGGUAUUUGUUAUGGUCUAGAUUUUGAUUUGAAGAGUUCCCAUUGCUGUAUUUGAAAUCCCGUGCUGUGUCAAAAUUGGCUAGUCUGCUUUUCAUUGUUUCUGAAUGUUAGGUAAACAUUGCGUUUGUCUCAAUUUAGCAAAAUCUGGUGAAUUUUUUUUCCUAGAACUUGUCAGUGGGCGUGACCUUUUUAGCUUUUAAAAUUAUUUAGUUUUUUUUUUUUUCCAAAAUGGUAGUUUUUCUUUAGACUUAAGAGGAAUUUAGAGGUCCAGAGGUUAUUGGUAUGAGAGGAGUGAUAUCGAAAAGGUUUGAAUUUCUAUCUUCUCCUAAAAGAAUGAUGCUGCCAAUCAGUCAGUGUUUUGUUUCCAUACAAGUUGUGUCACCAGUCAGUUGAUCUGUCAUCCUUGACCUGGAAGGAGAGACUGUUCCUUGCCAUUUUCAUCACUCCCAGGAAAAUAUCACUUAUAAUAUAACCCUUACCAAAACAGAAGCUCCAAAGAAGAAUGAAGUAAUCAAGAAAACUCAGUGACUGUGUUGAAAGUAGUAGUCUAUCUCAAAAGCAAUGAAGAUCAGUUAAAUAUUAUUAAGCAUGAAAUACUUCUAAAAAAUAAGUGGAAAUUCAAUCCAUUGAUUUUUUUUUUCUGACAUGAUUCACUAUAUAUAGAUACACAUAUCUGUAUCUGCACAUACAGGUGUAGACAUACAUGUAGACACACACACAUGACUUACCUGUAACAGGAGUUAAAAAAUCAAGUACAAAAUGUUAGUCACAUUUUCCAAUUUGUGGGUUAUAUAAUGUUGAAUUUAGAUAUUAAUUUCUUAACAAAUGCUAUGGGCUGCAUACAUUAUAUCAAACCAACCACCUUUGGGAAUGUCUAGAUGAAUAAACCCUUGAGACUUCAAGCAUAUGAAGAGGUGGGUUCUACUGUACACAUUUUAUUGGAAAGCCAUUGAUGAUCGAAGAACAUAAGCAGGUGGGGCAUUUAAUUUCCGUGUUUCAAAUGGCUUGUUUUUUGGCUCUGUUCAGGCAUCAUGGGUGGAGUACCAUUAUUCCUAAACUCUUGCAGCAUGGCUCCAAUUUUUCGGCACAAGUUUACUUGCACAGUUGGGCCAAGGGAUUUUUUUUUUUUUUUUUUUUUUUUUUUUUUUUUAGGAUUCACUGCCUGGGGUAUCCCACUAUGUAUAUUUCACUUAUGAUGUGGUGGUGCUUGAAAACACUCAUCUUGUUAGCUGGACUUUAUUAUUCUAGUCUAAGAUUUUUGAUACGAUUCAUAUUAAUGAUCUUUUUAGGGACAAUCAGUAAUAUUUGGGGCAAAGUACAGAGGAGUCUCUUGAAGUCUGAAAAGGCAUGCAUUUUCUUUGUUUUUCUGGGGUGCUCUCUUAUAGUCCCUGUUCUAGAACACUGCUCUAAAUUCAUCACUACGGGCUGUAGGGCUGGUAGCCUGUGUGAAAGUUUUCUGUAUUCUCCCUGUGAGUUAUUGGGUUAUUCCAACAAGAGUUUUCCAAAGGGGGAUGUUCCAUUUUUCAUUUGACAUUUGCUUUUUGAGAAUCUGGAAGUAGACGAUUGAAUGUGAGGGUGGUAAAGGAGCAUGGGCUGUAAGGAGGAAAAAGAGGAGGAAGAUGUCCCCUGGAAGGGGAGCGAGGAUCAACCUCAAUCGGUGUCAUCUGUUUAAAUGGGAGGACAGAGUAGCUACUAUCAUACACCGUGGUUCAGGAAACUCCUGGUCUGAUUUUUCUGGCUGAGAGACAGAUCUGUGGGAGCAGUGAAGAUGCGGCCUCAGGUCUAUAGCAAUAGAUAGAUGUGCUCAAGACAGUGAGAAAAUACUUGCAGAAAAGGAGAGAAAUCUGUAAUGGGAACAUGGGUCGAGAACAAAGUAUAUAGGAGCUGAAGGUCAGUCGUGGCAGAAACCAGCUGAAGAAAGAAACACAGGGACGACUAGGAAUAACUUAAGACAAGCACAAUUAAAUUCCAGAUGUUUAAGUUGAAAACCUAUAGGGAGUGGGCUCGGCCAAUGACAGGAUCCAAGGAGGGCCCCCCGGGUUGUCCACAUGCUAGACAAUCUCAGAGCCUGCUUUAGAGUUGGUUGCUGAGUCAUUACAGACAAACUCUAGUAACACCCUCUUAGCAGUGGAAUGCAAUGCCUGUGCCUAUGGAUGUAUGCCGACUUGAGUAGGUUGAUACUAUUGGGAAGACUCGUUCAAGAAUAUUUUGUUUUUCAAUCCUGGUUGUUGUCAUUUAUUAUAUUUUCUUUAUUCCACCACGUGUUCCUGUUUGCCUCACUUGACAGUUGCAGGAGGGGAGGCUGGUGUCAGCUUGGGGUGGGUGCAGACUUCCCCAUCAUAAGCCAUGCGGCUGCUCUGGAGGAUUCCUGCCGGUCUUCCAGCUCCACUGGUGGGUUCCCUGGCCCUCUUGAUAACUAAUAUUCCAGUCAGAUGGCUAGAUUAAUGCUGCUCAGAGGCUAACUCAAGUCCUUGACAUGUUUCAUUCACAAUUAUGUGGAUUAUUUAUUUUAGGAGCUUUUCUUUUGAAGGGCCAAAUAGCCCUACAGAUAAAUGAGCUGCUGGGCCAUGUAGAAAAUAUUGUUCAAAUGUUGCCAAAUAAUUGACUUUGUAAGGGGGAUAUCAAGCUGCUGUUUAUAAAUCUGAAUGUCUUAAAAGCAUUCUUGCUUGCUCUCUCUGGUGUAGAUGGUGUCUUAGCAAGUCCUGAGUUUUUCCAAGGAACCCAAUUUUAAUAUAUGGUAUUUUUGUAUGCCAAACUGGUGUCUUGUCCUUUGUAUAUGUGGUAAUGUUGAUUUUAUGACUACUGUUAAAACACAUUUGCUAUGAUUAAAAUUCAUAAAACGAUUUCAAA